UUCCGGAAGUCACCGCCACGGGUUCCGUAGCUGCUGCCUUCGCUCCAGUCUCUGGCGCCGUGGAACUCUACGAGAGGAACAUUCGAGGCGGGCUCAGGCGGGGUCGGGCCCCCCUCCCCGCGCUGCGCAAUGGAGAUAAUCCGAAGCAAUUUUAAGAGUAAUCUCCACAAAGUGUACCAGGCCAUAGAGGAGGCAGACUUCUUCGCCAUCGAUGGGGAGUUUUCAGAGUUCACCAUGAUGACCAGGGAAAGUAAAUGCUUGUUUAAGUAAGAAUCAGUGAUGGUCCUUCAGUCAGCGCAUUAACAAAUGGUUUUGAUACUCCAGAAGAAAGGUACCAGAAGCUUAAAAAGCAUUCCAUGGACUUUUUGCUGUUUCAGUAUGGCCUUUGCACUUUUAAAUAUGACCACACAGACUCAAAGUAUAUAACAAAAUCAUUUAACUUCUAUGUUUUCCCGAAACCCUUCAGCAGAUCCUCACCAGAUGUCAAAUUUGUUUGUCAGAGCUCAAGCAUUGACUUUCUGGCAAGCCAAGGAUUUGACUUUAAUAAAGUUUUUCGCAAUGGAAUUCCAUAUUUAAAUCAGGAAGAAGAAAGACAGCUAAGAGAGCAAUAUGAUGAAAAACGUUUACAAUCCAAUGGUUCAGGAUCUCUCUCAUAUGUUUCUCCCAACACUUCAAAAUGUCCUGUGACCAUUCCUGGAGAUCAGAAGAAGUUUAUUGACCAAGUGGUAGAGAAAAUAGAAGAUUUAUUACAAAGUGAAGAAAACAAGAAUUUGGAUUUAGAACCAUGUACUGGGUUCCAGAGAAAGCUUAUUUAUCAGACUUUGAACUGGAAGUAUCCCAAAGGCAUUCAUGUUGAGACUUUAGAAACUGAAAAGAAAGAACGAUAUUUAGUAAUCAGUAAAGUAGAUGAAGAAGAACGCAAAAGACGAGAGCAACAGAAGCAUGCUAAAGCACAGGAGGAGCUGAAUGAUGCAGUGGGAUUCUCUAGAGUUAUUCAUGCCAUUGCUAAUUCAGGGAAACUUGUUAUUGGACACAAUAUGCUUUUGGAUGUCAUGCACACAAUUCAUCAGUUCUACUGCCCUCUGCCUACGGACUUAAAUGAGUUUAAGGAAAUGACAACAUGUGUUUUCCCUAGACUCUUGGAUACUAAAUUGAUGGCCAGCACACAACCUUUUAAGGAUCUCAUUAACAAUACAUCCCUUGCAGAAUUAGAAAAGCGGUUGAAAGAGAUGCCUUUCAGUCCUCCUAAAGUUGAAAGUGCAGAAGGUUUUCCAAGUUAUGACACAGCUUCUGAACAGCUCCACGAAGCCGGCUAUGAUGCUUAUAUCACAGGAUUGUGUUUCAUCUCCAUGGCAAACUUCUUGGGUUCUUUUCUUAGCCCUCCCCAAAAUCAUGUGUCUGCCAGAUCAAAACUCAUUGAACCUUUUUUUAACAAAUUAUUUCUUAUGAGAGUUAUGGAUAUUCCCUACCUAAACUUGGAAGGACCAGACUUGCAACCUAAACGUGAUCAUGUUCUUCAUGUGACAUUCCCCAAAGAAUGGAAAACCAGUGACCUUUACCAGCUUUUCAGUGCCUUUGGCAACAUUCAGAUCUCCUGGAUUGAUGACACAUCAGCAUUUGUUUCUCUCAGCCAGCCUGAUCAAGUAAAAAUUGCUGUGAAUACCAGCAAAUAUGCAGAAAGCUAUCGGAUCCAGACAUAUGCUGAAUAUAUGGGAAAGAAGCAUGAGGAUAAGCAGGUCAAGAGGAAGUGGACAGAAGAUGGUUGGAAGGAGGUUGAGAGGAAGCGACUAAACACUCAGUGCAUAUCCUAUGCUCUGCAGAGCCACUACUACUGUGCCAACAGUCUCACACCUACCAGCACAGGAGGAAAGAGAAACCUGAGUCCCCGUUCAGCAGAAACUGGCUUGGAGAGCAGCAUAUCGGGAGAGAUUUCUGAAACAGAACUUGAGCAGACUGACUCUUAUGCAGAAUCCCUCUCAGAGGGAAGGAAGAAGGCCAAGAAUCUAAAAAGAAUGAAGAAGGACCUUUCUCCAGCAGGAAGUAUCUCUGCCAACCUCUUUGAAGUUCCUGACACGUGGUAACCAAGACCCAAGGAAAUGGAUUGCUGGUGCUGUCACCAAGAAGGAGCCAGCUGACACAUUUGGAAGCCAUACUGUAUUUAAUUUAACAAAGUGUGGUGGGGGGGCUUAAAACUGAGUCUGUCUCCUGGGGGGUGGGGAGGCGGGGAAACACCAGUUUUUAUUUUUGUGUCUGUUUCUUUUUCUCCCUUUUAUUGUCAAGUGCCCACUGGAACCUAGCACAGUUGUAGGCUGUCGUGAUGAAUGUGAACUGUUAGUUUAUUGUCUCUUGCUCGUGUGAAGCCUUUCCUGUCAUGAACUAGUUCAGUCAGAGACCCCACCUGAUGGAGUGUCUUGAGCAUGAAUUUGGGGUUGAACUAUGCUCCUUGAAGAGGUUUUCAUCCAUCUGCAAGAACUCAGAUUUGGGGCAGUCUCUGUACGUGAUUACAAUCUCCCCAGCAGACAAAUGGACGGUGCCAGCCUGCUUCCCACCUCAGUGUCUGCCUCAACUACUCUCAGCUUGUUCAUCCAACAGGAAAAUGGCUACUGAUGUCAACCCGUGAAAGAGCUUACCAUAUGCCUAGGCCUUUGGGGCAUAUUGAUUUGGAGCUGUUUUUCCCCCCAAUAUAUGAUUCCUCUUAGCAAAGUGUGCAAGGAUAGGAGCUAAUUUGUUUUCAUGUGCAGUGCUGUGAUCACCUUUCCCUGUCUUAGCCUGACCAUCAUCUCCUUUUUGGGUGACCAGCCAGACAUUAGGUGGUGUGUGCACAUGAAUGUCCAUAUGUGUGUGACAUCGUGACAGAUCCAGACCUCUGCCAACCCUUCUCUGUGGGGACAGCUCACCCCAGCAACAGAAUCUAUGGGUCUACUUCAGCAGGUCUGCUCCCUAUUCAUCAUUGUUAGAUAUUUAA